AUGGCGCAAAACCUUCUCAACGAGGAGAAUAAUAUUCUUAAGCAAUUGAGAAAUGGUACAGCAAAAUUUGAGAUUGUUUCUUCCCCACUUCCUUCCAUUGUUUCGAAAACAACCUUCUUCGGAGCUGGAAGUUCUAGCAGUCUCUUUUUCGCUAGAAUUGGUUCAUCCAUUGGUGGACAGUCUGCAGCAAUGAAGAAGCUUGAACGUUUUUCAGUUCACAAGGUCACAGGGGAUGGACGGUGUCUCUUUCGUGCACUGGUAAAAGGAAUGGCUUACAACAAAGGAGUUGCUCUUAACCAACGCGAGGAGAGAGAAAAUGCAGAUGAAUUAAGAAUGGCAGUCAAAGAAGCUAUAUGUGAAAAUGUAGGAGAUCGUAAGUUAUAUGAAGAAGCCAUCAUUGCUGUCACGGUUGAUGAGCCUUUACAACGUUACUGCAGGCGGAUCGUACAACCAGAUUUCUGGGGAGGAGAAUCAGAACUGUUGGUAUUAUCAAAGUUAUGUAAGCAACCAAUUAUUGUGUACAUACCGGAGCAUGAGCAUAGAGGUGGUGGCCGGGGAUCUGGUUUCAUUCCCAUUGCAGAGUAUGGAAGUGAGUUUAUAAAGGGUUCUAGCAGAAAAGCUGUGAGGCUGUUGUUUAGCGGUAAGAACCAUUAUGAUCUUCUGUUAUAA